AGCCUAUAUUGAUGGACCUAAUAGUUAUAAUGCACAACAAAAGGUUUGUGGUCUAUUGAGGAAUAGUAUUGUUGGACUAUUUGGUCCGUCCGAUAGCAUAGCAUCAAUGCACGUGCAGUCCAUAUGCGAGGCCUUCGAAAUACCGCACAUCGAAACCCGCUAUGACUUCGAAUCGUUUCGGGCCGAUCUGUCUCUCAAUCUUUAUCCGCGACCCGCACUGAUAACACUGGCCAUCGCCGAUCUGAUCCGCGAAUGGCAAUGGUCUACAUUUGCCAUCGUCUACGAGCACAGCUCAUCAAUUGUUCCGUUCAAAGAGUUGCUGCAAAUGGCAGCACUGGAAAAGUGGACGAUUAAAGUGUUUCAAUUGGUCCCCAAUCGACCAUUUCGUGAUAUCUUCAGACAAGUCAGAGACAACGGAUGUCUCCAUAUUAUACUCGAUGCCUAUGAUAUCCAUGAAGUCUUAAGACAUGCACUUCAAGCGGGAGCCCUAACAGAGAAUUAUCACUAUUUUAUAAUGAAUUCCACUGAAAGUGCAUUGAUUUACGAUGGAAUCAAAUUAGUGGCCAAAGCUUUAGACCAUUUUGAAGAUAUUAUGUUAAAGAUUGAUCCCAUAUCUUGUAGUAAUGGUCAGCCCUGGCCUCACGGAACUACAUUACUUAAUUACAUGAGACAAAAUAUAUUCUACGGAAUGACUGGUUUAGUAAAGUUUGAUAAUUCGGGUUUUCGGUCAAACCUGACUUUCGACAUAAUAAUUCUCACUCAGGAAGGGUAUGAUGUCACUGGCCGAUGGGUUAACGGAAAAAUAGAGAGACACCAAUUGUGGACCAAACACUAUUUGCCGGAACUAAUUGAUCAGUCAUUUAUUCGGGUAACGUCUGUAUUCAAUCCACCUUUCUUUAUGGAGAGACAAGUGGUUAAAGAUUAUUCGGGAAAUGAUAAAUAUGAAGGAUAUGUCAUUGAUUUGAUUGACGAGUUGGCAAAAGAGCUUAACUUCAAGUACAUUAUAAACCCUGUCAGCGAUGGUCAAUGGGGCGGACAGGACAAGAAAACAGGCAAAUGGAAUGGUAUGGUAGGAGAAGUGGUCUCUGGUGUUGCUGACAUAGCUGUAGCCGAUUUGACAAUUAACUCUGAGCGGGAACGGGCAAUUGACUUUACAUUACCGUUUAUGUCGACCGGUAUCAGUAUAUUAUACAAGAAGCCGUCAAAGAUUGUCUCUUUGUGGUCAUUUAUGUUACCAUUUUCAACCCGACUAUGGAUCCUAAUGUUUGCUAUACUGAGCUUAGUGGGCGUUAUCCAGGUAUACGUUGGCCGCUUCUCUCCGUACGAAUGGGUUAUUGAGAAACCGUGUCGUAAAGAGGGACAGGAACUCGAAAAUAUGUACUACAUGUCCAACAGUUUGUGGUACGCUAUCGGCGGUAUUAUGCAACAGGGAUCAGAUAUAGCACCCAAAUCACUAUCUACUCGUGUGAUAGGAGGUGUUUGGGCUUUCUUUACAUUAAUCAUUGCCUCGUCAUAUACGGCCAAUUUGGCCGCAUUUCUAACCGUAGAGGAGACACCUUAUCCUUUCGAUAGUGUUGAAACAUUGGCCGCACAGUCGACUAUUAAGUACGGCUGCGUAGGCAAUGGUGCGACACAUAGAUUUUUUAAGAGUUCAAACAUAUCUACCUAUCAAAAGAUGGCUCAGUUUAUGGACAAUAAUCCCGAAGUACUUACGUCGUCCAACUCUAUCGGUAGGGACACCGUUGAGGAGGCCGACGGAAAGUAUGCAUUUUUUAUGGAGUCGGCAAUCAUUGAGUUUAUUGUGGAAAGGAAUUGCAAUUUAACACAAGUGGGCGGUUUGCUCGAUAACAAAGGCUACGGUAUCGCCACCAGAAAAGGAUCAAAACUGAGGAACAGCCUAUCGGAAGCCAUACUAAAACUUCAAGAGCGAGGCGUACUUCGGAUGCUAAAGAAGCGCUGGUGGCAACAAAAAUACGGUGGCGGCGCCUGUCUAAGCAAACCGACCUCCAGUUCCAUAGAGAUGGGUAUGAAAAAUGUCGGCGGAGUCUUCCUGAUUCUCAUCGGCGGUUCGGCGUUUGCAACGUUACUCGCAUUUUAUGAACUAAUAACCGAAACAAUGAGAAAAACUCUAAAUAGGAGUACAUUUUGGCCGGAUUUGACCGAAAAUUUGUUAUACGCUCUCAAAGUAUAUCACAACACAAAACCAGCCGUCAAUAAGAGUCGCCGAAACUCACGGCAAAGCGCACAACAAAUGUCCCGAAAUAGGAGUUAUGUCAGCCAACCGACGGUAGACAUGAGUUCCGAUAUAUCGUUAAAUAAUAUGAAAACAUAUUACUCACAAAUGUUUUAA